GAGGGGGGAGACAAGUGGAAAGAUAAGAUAGCGAAGAGUUGGUGUUUAUUUAAGUGGUGGCAUGUCUCUGGCACAUACAGACAACAGGGUCCGAAAGAGCUGCCUGUAUGGGAGAGGAACAACAACACCUCGGGAGCUUCAACUAAAAUAGAUCCAAUGCAGCUUGGAGCAAGGUGGAUUAGCACAGCUUCCGUUGUCUCACCUGACACUUGUUCCCCGCUGUGUGGAAUUUCUUGGAACUAUGAGUAAACCAGAGACAUUGGCCUCCUGCAUUGCCAAGAUGUACGAGGGGGGUAAAUUGGACAAUGCUGGGGCCCCUUCUGGAGCAAUGAAAAAGCCAACAAACAGCCUGCUGAACAGCCUGGGAGGCAUGGAGGUCAAGCUGAAUCAGCUGGAGGUGAAGGUGGAGCAGAUAGCCUGCAGCCAGACAGAGGUCCUCAGAAGGCUGGACAUGGUGUGCCAGGGCAUGGGGACGCUGGAGAAGGACCUGGCCCAGCUCAGAAAGGACAGGGACAGGGGCUCUCGUGGAGGUGGAGGGGACCCUUCUUUGUUCUCGGAGGUCAAGGUACUGUGUGGGGAGACCGUGGCGCUGCUGAAGAACCUGCAGCAGGAGGGUAAAUGGCAACGGGAAAAGAUUGAGGGAAUAGAGAGCUCGGUUUCGGCCAUGGACAAGCUCUGGGGAUACGUGGGGGAAGUCUUCCGAAGCUCCAAGAUAGUGGAGUUCAUCUUGAAAGGCAUCGUACCCUGGAGGAAACAGGGCCUAAUGUACAUCCAAGCGGAGGAGGAGAAAACUAAAUCAGAAGAUAGCAGCAUAAAGCCUAAAGUCACUCUUUGCGACCAGGGGACUCAGGUCCAGGAGGAGGGCUUACGAAUCGCCACAGGUGACAAGCCGGUGGUAGAACUCCCUGUAAAGGAAACGAAGGCCACAGACCAUGAAGUGGAAGUCCCAAAUCCUCCUGAGCAUGAUCCCUGCAGGUUAUCAGAAGCUCUCACAGAGGGCCCUGCAGUCGACGAGGCCUUAUUCCCAUCUACCAAUAGUAAAGGCUCUCGCAAGCCCAAAGAGGUCACCUUAAAGAGCAGAGAGCCCACCAGAGUCCAGACCUUCGCCUCUGAUGUGGUCGUAGCUCAGGUGGAGGUCACCAUCGAAGUGCUUUCUGAACUGAGGAGGACUCCUGAUGUGACCUUGAUUUCAGUGGGGAGUGAGUUAGACAGUCAGUACGUCAAAGUCAAGGAGACAGAGGUUCCACAAGAUCCAGAACCCACUGCAUCUCAGCCACCUACCUCCACCACUGAGGAGCAACUGCCGGAGCAACUCUCGGGGCAACCCCCGGGGGAAGCCGCUGAAAGUCUCCCUCUUCCUUCCAAGGAGGACACUUUCCCUGAAGAGGACUUUACAAAGGCUGCGGUCAGUCCUCAGGAGCCAGUUAUCAUUAUAACACCACCAACCCCAUACAGCAGUGCGCUAACAAGCCCACUGGAUGUGGUCACCAAACCGGAACCAGAGUCAGUAACGAUGGUCCCUCAGGUCCAGCCUGAGCCUGUGUCGGCCACAGAGCAGCACAAACCUGUUCCACCUCAACCAGAGUCUGAGACAGUGAACGAUUCUGCGGAACCAGUUAUUCCUCAGCCAACUCCCCCUUUAGUUGUUAAAAACCCUACAGCAACUGCACAGGGGGCAGCUCUGGAUGCACAACUAUUGGUCAUAGAUGACUGCCCACCCUUGCCCGCCCCCUUUGAGCACCGCAUUGUGAGUGCCAAGCAAGUCCCGAUGGGCUCUUAUUACGCUGUAAAGCCUAACGAGGUUCUCGGAGGGGGACGUUUUGGGCAGGUCCAUAAGUGUGCAGAACUGUCGUCGGGCCUAAUCCUCGCGGCGAAGUUGAUCAAAGUAAAGGGAAUGAGGGAGAGAGAGGAAGUGAAGAAUGAAAUAGGAGUGAUGAACCAACUUAACCAUGUGAAUCUGAUUCAGCUUUAUGAUGCCUUUGAGUCACGGACAAACCUUACGCUUAUUAUGGAGUAUGUGGACGGUGGCGAGUUGUUUGACCGGAUCGUUGACGAGAACUACCUGCUGACAGAGCUGGAUGCCAUCGUGUUUAUGAGACAGAUCUGUGAGGGGGUACAGUACCUCCAUCAGCAAUAUAUUCUUCAUUUAGACCUCAAGCCAGAGAACAUUCUUUGUGUCAACUCCACAGGGAACCAGAUCAAGAUAAUAGACUUUGGUCUGGCCAGAAAGUACAGACCCAGAGAGAAACUAAAGGUCAAUUUUGGCACCCCAGAAUUUCUGGCUCCUGAGGUGGUCAACUACGACUUUGUCUCAUUCCCAACGGACAUGUGGAGUGUGGGAGUCAUUACUUAUAUGCUUCUGAGUGGACUGUCUCCAUUCCUGGGGGACAACGAUGCAGAGACUAUGAACAACAUCCUUCACGCCAACUGGGAUUUUGAUUCAGAGGCAUUUGAGAAUGUCACAGAGGAAGCUAAGGACUUUGUUACCAGACUGCUGAUUCCAACUAAAUGCAGUCGACUCAGUGCAACUGGCUGCAUGAAGCAUGCCUGGCUGAACAAUCUGGAGGAUAAAGCCAAAUUGCACCAGGUUCGGCUCAAGUCCCAAGUCAAGCUCCAGCGCUACCUGGCCGCUCAUAAACAGUGGAAGAAACACUUCCAAGUGGUUGCUGCAGCCAACAGGCUGAAGAGGUUUCGCCAGCAUCAUCCCAUAAACACUGUAUCGCAGUGAGAAGACUGCUGUCAAAGACUGAGUAGUUGUGCCUCGCGUGUAUUGCUGACGUGCUGCACCUCCAUGGCAGGACGUGAUCUGCAAUAGUGUCUGGCAUUGGUAUGCAAAUUGCAAUGGACAUUUAUUGAAAUGUACUGUAGUAUUCUACUCACUUUUUAUACGGUACAGUGCACAACUUUGUGCAGUCUUCCUGUGGGUGAUGUUAGUGGUUACUAAAUUAUCUGGGGCUCACAGUGCGUUUCAAGCAGGUUGCCUACUACUUACUUAGGUGUAAUUGUUUAUUUAAUGACAAAUCUUACUGACAUAUGUUUGAACUGCUUUACUGAAUGUACAUCAAGUUGACAAAUUAUUCGCAAGGCUUUCUUUUUUUUUGUUGGUUAUUUGAAUAUGGUAAGUGAAUCUUCACAAUCACACAGA